ACCCCCAUGUACUUCUUUCUCAAGAACUUGUCCUUCAUAGACCUCUGCUACAUUUCUACAACGGUACCCAAAUCCAUUGUCAACUCCUUGACCAGUGACAACUCCAUCUCCUUUCUGGGUUGUGUCUCGCAGCUCUUCCUACUGGUCUUGUUUGCCGCUACAGAGUUUUUUCUCCUCACUGCAAUGUCUUAUGACCGCUAUGCCUCCACCUGCUCCCCGCUGCGCUAUGAGCUCAUUGUGAACAAAACAGCCUGUGUUUGCAUACUAGCAGCAUCAUGGCUCAGUGGGGGUCUGUUUGGAAUCUUGUUUACAGCUUCUACCUUCUCCCUGACGUUUUGUGGGUCCAAUGCUGUUCAACAGUUCUUCUGUGACGUCCCCCCUCUGCUGAAGAUCUCCUGCUCUGAAGUCCACAUUGCCAUUGAUGUGAGUGUGGCUGCUGGGGUAGUCUUAGAUGCCAUCUGCUUCACUUACAUCACCCUCUCCUACGUCUUCAUCUUCUCAGCCGUGCUGAAGAUGCCGUCCUCCGAGGGCCGAACCAAAGCCUUCUCCACCUGCCUGCCCCAUCUCACUGUCAUCGUCAUUUUUCUCCUUACCGGAACAUUUGUCUAUCUCAAACCACCUGCAGACUCACCCUCAGCUCUGGAUCUGCUGGUUUCCAUGUUCUACACCGUGGUGCCUCCUACUGUGAACCCCCUUGGAGUCACCAUCAACUCCCCAAAAUGA